CUUCCAUUUGUCGAUUUGUUUAUUUAUUUAUAUACAUUUACUAACUAAAACUUAUGUUAUAAUUCAAUGAGUUUUUAAUUUAUAAUAAUGGCUGCUCAAGACCGUAAUUUCUGCUGCGGCUGCCUCAGUGCGGAUCGAAAAAUGUUAGCACUUGAAGACUUUUGGACUAAGCAGUGUUUAUUGCAAAUUUUACGAGAAAUUCAGGUACAUAAACCAGAGGAGAAUGUUCCAAAAUGGUUGUGUUGGGAGUGCGAGGCGCUGCUGCGGCGCUUCACGAAGUUUAAACAGCAAGUUUCACAUAACUUUAAUAUGUUGCGGACAUAUAAUGUGCAGAAACUUGACAUGAAAUUUCCAUACCCGAACCCAAAAUUAACCAUUCACAAACUUAAUAACAUAAAUCUUCCUGAAAUCACUCCUGAACCAGAGACAGACAUACCGUUACCAAUAAAUGAAACAGACACGCCUCAAGAUGAUAUCAAACUCGAAACGGAUCAAAUCAAGUCCGAAAUCGAAUCGCAUUCAGACAACGAUGACUUACUUAUAAACUACGUACAGAAGAAGAAGAAGGUUAAAAAGAAGAGGAAAGAGCCUGAAUUGUUUAGAGAGAUAGAGCUGACAGAGACGGAUAUAGAGGGAGAGAGACGGGAGAUGGAGUUGAGCUUUGAGUAUGUGCACGCCAUGUUUCGGUGCGAGAGGUGUAUAGUUGCCUUUCCUAAUUCGGAGAUGAUGAAAGAGCAUGAGGCUGUGAAACAUGAGCUGAACGCCGCUCACCACAUAUGUCCAAUAUGCACCUGUUCGUUCGUAUCCGAGAUCUCUUACAACUACCACGCGAACAAACACAGGCGGCGCUACGAGUGUUGCGUGUGCCAGGCGCGCAUGCGCAGCAAGCGGGCCGCGCAGAAACACUACAACAACACUCACGGAAUUGAACCAAGUCCAGAGAACGCUCAGGUUGAGGAUACUUCAAUCACUAAUACAAACGGUGUAAAAUCUGAAGACACGUUCCCGUGCGAGCUGUGUGCGAAAACGUUCAAAUGGAAAACGUCGUUAAGGAAACAUUUGGAGACGCAUCGCAUAGAGGCUGGACAAAAGCGGCGGCCUUAUUGCGAGCCCUGCAAAAUGUCUUUCACCACGACGGCCAACCUUCAGAAGCACGUGAAGACCAGCUCCAAACACCAGAUACAGUUGAAACUCAGAAAGCUAGAAGACACUCUCCCAGAAGAUUCAACGUCUCCAGAGAAGCAGAGAGCGCAAAUAGAACAAAUCAAAUGUUCGGUGACGGCGGCGCGGCAGACGUACCCGUGCGCCCACUGCGGCGCACGCUUCCAGUGGCGAGGGAACCUGCUGCGGCAUCUGCAGAGCCAUACGGCCAGGGCAAAUGGCGAGCUGGUGUGCACGCCGUGCAACCGCACGUUCUCGUCGGUAGCCACAUACAAGCAACACAUGCGGUUGUCUAGAGCGCACGUGUCCGAACAGGAUUUCCCGCACUCGUGCUCCGAGUGCGGCCGCCGGUUCGCCAACAAGACGCGGCUGCAGGACCACGUCGACUGGGACCACAGGAGGCACUUCGCUCACCACUGCACUCAGUGUCAGAAGGUAUUCAAAAGCCACACGUCCCUGUAUCUCCACAAGCAGGUGGUGCAUAAGAAGGAACACGCCGAGCAUCUCUGCGACCAUUGCGGGAAGCCUUUCCCGAACCACGCGAAGCUCCGCAGCCACAUAAUCGCGCUCCACACGUCCGAAUCCCCCUACAAAUGUACCUCUUGCGCGGCUCGCUUCAGCUGGCACUCCUGUCUAUCGCGCCAUGUACGCAGAGUUCACAAGCGCAAGUGAUGUCUCUACACUUGAGUGCAAGUUACGCAAGUAUCUUGCGUGGCUAGGAUGCGCUAGCACUCAUGUCUCACGCCAUGUACGCAGAGUGCACAAACGCAAGUGAUGUCUCUACACUUGAGUGCAAGUUACGCAAGUAUCUUGCGCGGCUAGGUUACGCUAGCACUCAUGUCUCACGCCAUGUACGCAGAGUGCACAAGCGCAAGUGAUGUCUCUACACGAGUGCAA